AUGUAUACAAAGAUAACACUAGCGACCUCUUGUACGUCAAACCACAUAAGCCGAGACGCGAGCCCAAUAUCGACACCUAAAAGCACAAGAACACCCAGACGCAAAGAAACGACACCGAAAACAAUACAAAACACGAAGAAAAUCAACUACACGCCUAGAAAUAUAACCAAAAGUCCGAAGAUAAAAAGUCCUAAUACCCAAAAGACAUCUAAGGUUAACAGUCCCAAAGUAAUUGUGGACCUGGAAAGUUCUACAAAUGUGGGUAGAAUUGAUAAUAAGAAAGAGACGGAAGAUAAAAUUAGUGGGAGGGAGAGAGAUAGAACGAUAAAUGUCGGAGUUGAAAAUAAUAAUGAAAAUGUGAAAGUUGACGAUGUCUUCGAAAAGGAAAGGAAUAAGGCGCCAGAAUCAGGACCGGCUAGUGUUGAAGUGACGAAGCUCCUUCGACAGCUCUGCGGUGGAGAUGCUGGGAACAGAAGUGAACGCACGUCGGGAGCCAAGAACGCUCAGUUGUUCUGCGUCACUGGCUCUAGUCCACGGCAGCCGAGCACGCCACAGCUACUUCGGAUAUUGGAAGAGACAAUACAAAAAAAGACGCAAAAAGCACUCUUUCCAAAAACAAUCAAGUCUGUGAAAGAUGCAGAGAAAUAUCGGAUGUCGUUCAAUAUUCCGGAUCACGUUAGUGAGAACUUCUUCCAGUACAGGACAAAGUUUGUUCAACACAUGCUCAGUAGCACCAUGUACGCGAACAGUGCUAUAGGAAAACCGUGGGAGAAGAUUGGAAGCGUGUCAGACCGUAUUAUUGACGAGUUACUUAUGAACUGCGUCAAGGAAAUGGAGCUCCAACGGUACGUUCAAGAUUUGUACAAAUGUGAAACAUGUUGAUUUUUAAUGAGUGUUUUUAUAAAUUAUUGGUAAAUUUUGAUUAAUAAAUGUAUUUUUCUUA